AUGUUUUUCGGAGACACUCUCGACAUCAUUUUCCUCAGCUUUGUGGCUGUUGGGACCUUCAUCGCUCUCAUUAAUGUCUUUCUAUCGAUUAGAAAGCCAAGAGUGUUUGGUAGUCAUGGUCGCAGAACAAAGAGAUGGCUCAGAAUAUCUGCCAUACUGUUUUUCAUAUACAUGGCCAUAAGCCUGAGUAGCACCGUCCUUAGUAACAUGAUAUGGGGAGAUGGGAGCUACAGAGACCCAGCCAAUGAGCUACAGGUGUUGGGGACUACCAUUGGUAGUCUCAGUUUCAGCGCCAUAGUGCACGCCCAACUUAAACUCACCUUCGAUCUGUACGACAAGGAUACCUCUGAUAAUCGCAAUAAAUCCUUUGGCCUGUUCAUGAGCCCACAAAUCCUCAACUUGAUAUACUUUGUUGUGACUCACAUUCGCCUAUAUGCCGAGAAUCUUCCCUCUCGCGGCUUCCAGACAGUCUCAAAUGUCUCAUCAAUUACAUUUAUGCUGGUCCCAUUUUUCAUCUGGGUGGCUUCCGUCAUAUCGUUAGUUUUCACUCUGAUUUAUGCGGCACGCACACAGGUGCCCGUUCCCAGGGGUGCUUUUGGAUGUCUUCUUGCAUCAAGCAUACUCUCUGUCAUCCGACAUACAUGGUUGGCAAUUCUCAACAUCCUUUACUUCGUAGCCUCACGAACAAACGGUCGGCUCUAUCUUGUGUUUCCGGACUACUUCAGCAACAUCAGUAUAGUCAUUACCGUUUGGUUUGCAGCUUUGUGUGUGUUGCUGUUAAUAGUUGGUUCUUCAAAGGGACUGCGAGGCCGUGAACCCUGGCGUGACGAAUACUCGUAUGGCCCUGCCGUGUCUGGUUAUCCUCCUUUGGAGCCGGCCCCCAUACACAUGACGAGCUAUGGUAGAGCAUACUAG